GCCCCACCGAUAGUGGCAAACAUGGCGUUAUGGGAGCUAUCAUCGCUGGAGAAAUAUUUAGGACUUAAAAAGCCGAACAAGUACAGUACUCAAGGGGAUAAAAAGGUACCUGUGUUACAGAAUAAUAAUGGUCCUCCCCUGGUGGGACUGGUGACACUCGCUUGUCACCUGGUGAAGGAGGCCAAGCGCCUGGAGCUGUUGGGUGACUCUGCAGAGAACAGGGCUGUGGUGCAGCAAUGGCUGGAGUACAGAGUCACCAAGCUGAACAACUGCACAAAGGACAACAUCAAGACCAUCCUGAAGGAUCUCAACCUCUACCUGCAAGACAAGGUCUACUUGGCAGAAAACCAAUUCACCUUAGCUGAUAUUCUCCUAUACUAUGGAAUCCAACCAAUCAUAGUGGACUUGGCCAUCCAGGAGCAGGAGCAGUAUGUGAAUGUGACACGGUGGUUCGACCACAUCCAGCACUACCCUGGCAUCCGACGCCACCUCUCUCCAGUAGUUGUGCUCAGGAACAGAAUUUACUCCAGCAGGCACCACUGAAAUGACCAGACCCAACCCAAACUGACUAGUAUUUCUGUUGCUGACUAGCAAAGUGUCUAAUCGUUUAAUUGACUAAUCACACAAAUCCCUAGUUUCCACAGAGUAAUUUCUAUCCCUGAUCUUCCUUUUUCACUGUUUUUUUUUUUUUUUUUUUUUUUUCUGCUAAAUAAGAUUCCUGCCUUUCUGGUUAUAUGGUACCUGAACUCUGUUUGUUCUUUAUAUUCUUCUAAAACAUAUAUUUAAUGAAGGAGAUCAGCAAAGAACAAAACAAUAAAACAAAGUUAACUUUGAAGUGUUUAAGGUACAAAAACUCUUUUAAGGUAACUUGCUUAUAAAAAUAUAGUUCAGUUCAUAUUUCUUUAAUAAUUUAACUCUUAAAGAGUUGGGAGUGGAAGCAAGAAUUUGUCAUCUUAACCUCUCACUUAUUCAAUUAUGCUUAUGCUUUGGAGUCUUGACCCUUAUUCAGAAUUGAGUGUGAUGUUUGACUGUGAUAUUUUUGGAUUUAUUUUUUGUGUUUUGUGUAUUUUAUGUCUGUCACAUCCACUCCCAGCCAUUUCACUGGACAGUUUAGUUUCUCAGUGUGUGUUCUUGAUUACAUCCCGCUCUCUGCCCCACUUCCUUGGCAGUCUUUGUGGGCAGCAGUGAGCGUGAGUGUCAGCCGCAUAGUCAGAGAUCAGAGUGGUGCUCCAAUCAGACCCACUACCACCACUGUUGAUGCUGCAGGCCAGAGAGAGGGCAGCGGGCUCACCAGCUGCCACACAGAUCCAGCCAGCCAAGGCCAGAACCCAUGCCCCUGGGUGACAGUCAGCCACUGUGUGUCUUUUCAAACCUUACAAUCCCACGGGCCUACUGGAGAUAGAAAGAGGAAGGAAGGGAGGGAGGGUGGCCACAGAGAGAAAAAGAGCACCCAAAGGCCGAGGGAUCUUUUUGUGACGUGAACAAUAAUCUGUUCCUCAGAAAGCCUUACUGUUGCUGGCUGGAUGUUUGCUAUUAGCAUCAUUAACGGGCCAAGUCAUGGCAGUGGCAGGGGAACCUUUAAAUUAACACUAUGAGGGUAGUGUUAUACAAAGAACAGUAAGAAAAUGAGUCAUAAUUAGCGGAAUAACUCUUAUCAAAUUCAGUGCACUUUUCAAUUUCUAUUGCUUUUGCAGGUAUAUCAAACCAUUAAAAGAACUGACUAAAAUAUUUCAGCAUAAAAACUGACAGCUGUAGUCUAUGGAUAAUUCUUCAAUUCUUUACUCUGCUAACAGGCUCUGCAUAUGUUUGUGUGUGUUGCUUACAGAUGCAAAGGUUUCAGAUUUUUCCAGUUGUAUGAUAUUCAUCCUAUGCCAAUAAAUCAAAGGGAUA